AUGGUUGGUAUCACAUUGGUAGGGUUGGCUUACACUUUGUUGCAAACUCCGUUUGCGGUGUACUUUGCGAGAAGAGGGAAACGCCUCAUAAACCAUACUGGUCUUCUCACUUUUGAUUACUAUGGAGACAAGGUAAAUUCAUAUGCAAUAUUAAGUGGGGUUGCUGCAACAUUUGGUUUUACUGCGGAUGCCAAGAAAAGCAUAGAUGAUUGGGAUAACAUCCUCCGACAGUAUGGGCACAACGAUCUUUCCAGUGAUCGAAAAAACCUUGACAGCUUCUAUAACAUGGCCUUCAUCUCUGGUAGUUUCCUUCUCCUCGGAUUCAUCAGCUCCGGAGUCUCCUCUAUUCUCUCUUCUCGCCCCGUCUCCAAGCAAGAAGAUAAUUAAAUGCCUAUAAAUACAAAUGCACAUCUUUUGUUAUUGUUGUUGGUAUUGUUUUUAACUUGAUAAUCCAACUAUAGAAAGAUCCUGUUGGGAAUCGGUGACUUGGGCCUACUUCAAUCAUGCAGGGUAUAUGAUAUAAGAAAAUUCUCAAGUGAGCCCACUAAGUCCCACUAGGAACUCUCUUGACUAUCAAUAGAAGAGAGACUCUUCUGGUGUUUUUGUUUGUUUGUUUGUUUGUCUUUUGUGUGUGUGUGUGUGUGUGUGUGUGUGAGAAAUAUGUAUUCCUAAAUGAUAAUGGAUUUGAACCAUAUGAAGAAACAUAUUGACUAGUUGUUUGGCAAGAACAAGAAGUUGUUCAAUUAAUGGGAAACAUAAAACAU